CAUUACCAGACGCAACUGUUCUUUGAGCGCACACACCGGUAAUCGCUGAAGGAGUCGAGCAACAGCAGAGGAUGAGCGGCAGUCUGAGGCGAAGAGGGCGGGAGGAUAGAUGAAGUCUGCGGGAGCUGAGAGUCCGCUGUAGUCCGACGCGCGUCCUCCGCCUCGUGCCGGCGGAACUGCUCCGCUGCCAUGGCCAAGAUCCGGGUGUCGUAUGAAUAUUCCGAGGCCGAGGACAAGAGCAUUCGGCUGGGUCUGUUCUUGAUCGCCUGUGGCAUCCUCAGCUUGUUCAUCCUGGGCUUCUGCUGGCUCAGCCCGACCCUGCAAAGCCUCCAGAGCAAGCCGGCCAACUGCACGGUGGUGUCAGUGUUGCGUCCGGAGGAGAUGUUUGAGUGUGUCUUCACAUGUGGUGCUGACUGUAAGGGGACGUCGCUGUACCCCUGCCUGCAGAUCUUUGUCAACAACUCUGAGUCCAACUCGGUGGCUCUGCUGCACUUCGACGAGCAACAACUGGUCCUCAACCCAAAGUGCUCGUACGUGCCCCCCUGUGAGCGUGACAACCAGAAGAACAAAGACAGCGUCCUGUGGUGGGAGGAUUACUUCACCCGGGAGGUCAGCAGCCAGUCGUUUACCUGCUUCUUCAACCAGCAGCGGAGGCCCGACGACGUCUUGUGGCGACGAUCACAUGACACCAGCGUCCUGCUUCACUGCGUCCUGUGGCCGAUGGUGUCGCUGCUUCUGGGCACGCUCAUUGUUCUCCUGACUGUGUGCGCACGCUCGCUGGCCGUGCGGGCCGAGGCUCUCCAGAAACGAAAAUGCUCCUACGAGGUCUGCCAAGACCUGACGACCCCUGAGCUCCAUGACAACAAGGAUGUGGACCCUUUAGAGACGAACUCUGACCCCGAGCUGUCCUCACCUUCCAGAAGUUUUCCUCUGUUUGCAGUUCCAGUGCGCCGCCGCGACAGAGAACAUUAGGGGCAGGUGGAAGUGUACGCUCACUUCAGCAGCCCCAGAGAGGGGGGGCAGGAUGAUGGGAAAUCCCCUCUGAUGCUUACAGUUGUCUUCAAGCGCUAUCAUGAGUGAACCAAACUUUUGAAUCAGGGAAGUGGCUGAGGUCAUCGAGGUUGUUCAUCGUGACAGUCAGUGGCGUCAGGGUUCCUGCUGUAGCUUCUCUUGUAAACUUAGCUUUCUUCUUGUAGCAACGAAAUCUGGUAGCAUCAACUCAACACAGUGAGGAUGCAACUUCCUGUUUCACUUGCACACUUGCAUAUAGGUUCCAUUUUUUAUCAUUGUAAAAAUGGACACUCAUUUCCCGCACAUUUUUUUUCCCAACUGCCAAAGUUUCUUGAUGGUUUGAGGCCGGCUGUGAGGAAUGUUUUGAAUUCCUGUGUAGACUGGAACGAAAAACACUGUGCGCGAUGACCCCAGAACCAAUGCUAAUUUAUCAAAAUAAGAAUUUAGGACUGAACUUUGUUUGCUUAAUUAUUUUUCAUAUUUUAUUAGGAAUCUAUAUAUUAGUUAUUGUUGAUAAACUACUGUAUCAAAAGGAAAGAAAAGGACGUGAAUGUACUGGGAGCCCUAUCUUCAUCGUGGGCAGGUUCCAAGUGAGGUGACCAGUGUGGGCUCAUGAACAAGGGGUCACCACCUGAGAAACAGUGUGGCAGAGCGACUCCCUCUUCUCUGACAGGCUGAUGUCAGAGUGAGGUGUGUUCUCUUCUGCUUCUGUUUGGCUCUUGUUACAUGCAUGUUACAUUUGUACAAUCUCAUAUACAAACAUUUGUUUUUGAUAUUUGCUGGGUUUAAGCAAACUUUAGAUUGGGGAACAUAUAUUUAUUAUGAAUAAACAAAUGACUUGUUCAUUUCCCUUCUGUGUAUAUUCAGGGUAAAACCUAUCCAGUCUUAAACAAGAUGAUAAUUAAUACUUGAUGAUGAUUGAUAACUGGCCAAUACACAUAUAAAUAAGUAUUUUUUAGGGUGAUAACUGUUCCCUAAUUUAAAGUGUGACCACUUGUGCUUAGUUUCACUUAACUUGUUUCCUUCUGGUGUGUUUUGGAUAGUUUCCUCUCUCUAUACUUGACAUUGAAUUGUUCCUCUGACGUCAGUAUUGUAGCCUCCGACGAUACGAUACACACUGUAUACCUAGCUGCUCCUAAAAUAUCUGCAAACUGUAACGUCAAAUAUUGUUAUUGUAGGUAUGCGUUUAGUUGUUUUCCACCCUCCGAGAGACUUGUUUGUUUUUUGAUGCGCUAAUGUUACAGAUCAUCAUAGUAAAUAAAUUUAAAAAAACAUUUUAUUUAGACUUAGUAAUGCAAUAUUCCUGAAUAUAUUUACUUCUAUUUUUGAUUUUGGCGAAUACACAUAAAUAUGUGUGAAACACUAAACCAUAAUCCAUACCCUUAAUACGUGACCCAGUUCAAACAAAUGCAAGUGCACUGGUAAAUUCAGACUCGUAAUAAGAAAUCAAAGUUCAAAGUCAGCAAGAGGGAUCAGGACAGGAUGUGUUUCACCUUCUAUUUUGCUAUUCAGGAAGACUUUGUUUCCAGGUGCUCACAUGUGAAUCGUAGCAAGAUUACAGACUGUUUACACCACAUUAUAUUUCAGAGAAGAGGAUUCUGGGUAACUAGUACUACCUCUCUACCUUAGGAAAAAAAAAUCUUUGAAAAGAUUGACUUCACAGUGAAUCUUGAUCUUCUUCCUUGUGUUUCACUGAGCGGAGGUUCUCCAAGGAAGCGUGGUUUCACCUUUAAACUGAAAAAGCUUUUGCUCACUGACACAUUCUUCCCUUGUCCUUGCUGAAACCAUUGCUUUUUGACUAAAUAUUUUGGUUAGAUUUUAAACAACCAUUCAUUUCAUCUCACAUAGACAAAAGAUACUGACAAAGUUUACAUCUUAUAAUGUAUUUUUGUAUGUGAAAAGAUCAUCCACUGUAAAAGAUGUGUCAAGGUUUUAGGCGUAUAAGAGUAUAAGUAACCGCAGCUUUGUUUACCGUUCUUUUAGUUUGCUGUCUGUAUAAAAGAAGCCAUCGUGUCCCCUCAGCAGGAUCUCUGGAUUCCCCAGAGGAAAUGUAGCAGUCUCGUAGCAGUUUUCAGUCUUUUCUAAUGAGACUCAAAGAGGAUUUUGUGGCGUUUAUUUGGAAAAAGAUAUCAGUCUGAAGCCAUACUCUUGUUACCACUUGAGUUUUAAGCGUAACGGUAUUUCAUUUCAUGUCCUGUCACUUUGUUUACCCUUUGAGAUGUUUGUCCUCCUGGUGAUACUCUUUACUACUGUGUGUCAUGUAACCCAGGUAGCUGCUUUGCUUGUGUUUCUAUCAACUACAAUGAUUACAAUAGUGCCUAAUAAAGAUCUUUAAAUAAAAUACACUCUA